UUUGAAAAGAUUGCAUAAUAAUUAACUUUAAUGAAUCCAGAAAUUCAAAAGAAGGCAUCUCUUUUAUCAAAAGAUAUAUGGAGUGAUGACCUGGUAUCUUAUGAUGAUAGUGAAGAUUGCUCACCUCAGAUGCCUAAGGUGACUCAUCAGUUUUCAAAUACUCUCAAAGAUAACAAAGGGAAAUCUAAUAAAGAAGAUUUUAUGAAUAUUUGAGAAAUUCCCUGUAAGGUGCAAUUUUUCAAAGAUGGUCCAGUUAUUAUUGGAAAAUCUACAGCUUUUAAGACAUCCUCUAAGCCUCAUUCUCGUGGAAAGAGAGUGAAGCCGCAGUCAUACAACUCUAUUUCCCCAAGGAGGAACUCAAAGCCUUUGAAAGAGGUACCCUCGAGUGAGAUCCUACAGUUGCUUAUUUCUUGAAGAGAGCCUUAGUUUAUCUGCAAGAAAGCUACUAUUUAACGUUUCUAAUUUCUCAUAAAAUUUUAGGAAAACUUGAAAAUAAAAUUUUAGAAAUAUUUAUAAAAUAUUAGUUUAGAAAUUUCAUUAAAAUGGAGCUUGAAAAUUUGGCUGAGUUUUUGGAGAAAUAAAACUUUUAACCAAGCAUUUGAAAGGAAAGAUAGAGGGUUUUAAAUAGGUUAUAAGGCCAGUACGGUUAAAAUUGAACACCCAGGCUUUUGGAUAGGUAUUAAAGCCGAUUUUUAAGUUGAAUUUUGGUUUGGAGAAAUUUUAUGGAAAAAGAAGUGUCUUCGAUAAUAGAAUGUUAUGUUAGGGAAAAAGUGUGGGCUGAUUUUGAGAACUGUAGGAGGUGCUAAUUUCCAAUCAAAUUUUAUUUGACUCCUUAUUUUUAAUAGUAUUAAUAAACCUAUACCAUAAUUAAUUGAAGAAUAUGAACGUAUAAAAUACUGCAGCAACUCUAAGAACUCCAAUAAACUAUUAAUUUUCUAAAACUCAUUGUUCUUAUUUCUCAUUUCAUCUCUAAGGAAUUUUUUCAUUAAGUCUUUUACUUUUACCAACCAUCCAAAUUAAGCCAGAAAAGUAAGGAAGUUUCUUUUCAAAAGAGUGACUAGGAUAGACCAUUCAUAAACGUAAUUGCUUCAAGUAUUUUCCUCAUUGAAAUCCUACUAGCUUGCCGUUCCAAGAAGGUUACUUGUGACUAAACAAUGAAGGAAAUCGGAUUCUUAUCUCCAAUUUUUAUUUUAUGCACAUUCAAAAGGAAAUUAAUGGCUUUGGGCUAAUAAAAUUAUGAUGCUCCCACUCUCGAAGGUGAGACACAGAACUCCUCCAGGUCUCUCAGUGU